GUUCGCGUAUCAUCUUAUGAUUGCAACGUAAACCAGAAGCCAGCCCGUCAUUACAAUGACUCGCAUCGUAUGAGUUGCACAGAAAAACCAGCAUCGGCUCGCUUCCAGCCUCCAGAAGGCCUUCCGGUAAUGCAAUCGUACUCGCAGCGUCCGUCAUUGGGACUACGUAGAUGGCGUCAUAUAUUUGAGAACCAUCUGCCAGUAUCUAGCACUGCGUACAUCCAAUCAAUCCUCCAGGGUACAGGAGAUAUUGAUUUGCGGCGCUGACCACAUUUAUCAGCACCUCAGACUUGGUAUAAGAAUCAAACCACCUUGACUUUGUGUAGUCCAGUCAUAACAAGUCCAACUGCGAUUUUCUGGUCAUUAUGACGAUUCCUACUAUCUUUCUCUUAGGUGCUACAGGUUACGUUGGAGGCGAGUUCCUCAUCUUGUUAGGGCGGAAGCUGCCUCAAUUGCCUGUUCUUGCCCUCGUACGUCACCCAACUGCCGAAAAGAUCACCAAGCUGCACUCUAUGCAUGCAAAUGUGUCUGUAGUCGAAGGAUCUUUAGAUGAUCUGGAGAUCGUGAAGGACCAAGCUGCAAAAGCGGAUAUCGUGAUCAACAUUGCAAGCGGCGGCCAUUCUCUGUCUUCACAAGCUAUCCUCGAGGGCAUGACAGAACACUCUGCCCGCAAGCCCGGAGAGCCGCCUCUGCUUAUUCACAUCUCUGGUCUUGCUGUUCUGAGUGACGACGCCCGAGGGGAACUAGUCAAGGACGUGAAGGUCUGGUCGGACAUUGGGUUCAAUCUCAAAUCGGUACCUCCCGAUAAUGUGCAUCUCGAUGUGGAUAUACCCAUUGUUGAAGCCGGCACCCGCAAAGACAACCCAAUCCGCACUAUCAUUUUAUUUCCGGGACUUAUAUAUGGUGUAGGACAAGGCGUACAGAGAACUACGGUUUGGAUUCGCACGCAGCUCAAGCUCGCCAGAGACGCGGGAUAUGCUGGGACAUGGGGCCCUGGAUAUAAUGCUAUGAGCCACGUCCACGUGAAGGACGUAGCCUCCGCUAUACUUGUCAUCCUCAAGGCUGCAUUGGAGCAUAAGGCCGACGAAGGUGCAGAGGGUUUGUACUUCGUCGCGAGUGACGCACCAAAGGUGACAAAGCGCGAGUGCCAGGCUGUCAUAGGUGAUUACCUGUUUAGCAAGGGUAUCAUCAAACAGCCCGGCUCUCAGCCUUUCACUAAAGAGUUUAUUACGUCACUCGCAUCCACGGAUCAUUCCAGCGACAUAUCGCACCUUGGAUGGCGUACGUUUGGAGGGAACCAACUUGCGAAGUCCGAGCGUCUCGCAAAACUUGGUUGGGUACCUGUGGAGACGUUCAAACACCCUAUUCUCGAUACUCUUUUUGAAUCUCUGGAUGCUGCUCUAUAAUCACUCGUGUACAUGUGACAAACUGCAUGGAUGUAAUUCUAACUGUAUGCUACUUGUCGAUAGUUCGCAAUGAUGGAUAGCAUUGCUUGAGA